UAUCCAUAGGGAUGAAAUUAGUCUCUGCCAGCAAGCAGACAAAAACCUUUAGUGAUUUAACGGAAUUUCAAAAGGCUUUGAACGCCACUGACUUUGUUAUUGACGAGUCAUCUAAAAGUGCCUUCAAGGAUCUAUCUUUUGACUCCUGGUUAAUAGCAGCCAACUUUAGUCCUAGUUCAGGGCUUUCCUUUAUAUCUGGGAAAGCAGUAUACCGUACAGAUGGUCUGGUUAAUACCAAUGGAUAUUCCGGUAAGCAAAGCAAAGAAAAGAGAGAGAAAAAUGACACAUGAUAUGUGCUUAACUGUUCUAGACUAUGCCAUUCGCCACUAUGCUAGACCUGACCUUGCUAUUUUUGAUAUUAUACACAUGGUGUACCCUACUUAUGGGCGUUCAUACAACUUGACUUGGCUUCUUGCAUUUGCUCAAUCAGGUAGACCACUCUAUGUGUCCAAUGCCACCUACCCAAGCUGCACAAAUCCUGGAGAGCGCAUAUACGCUAUCAAAUGUGUGACUGCACCAUUUGAUCCACGAAACAACGCUACAUCAAAUGUACCAAAACCUUCAAAUAAUCCGUUUAUACAACAUGGCCUGUCGACUGGUGGUAAAGUCGGUGUUGCCAUAGGUGUUAUCGCUGCUGUUGCUGCGAUUUCUGUCAUUGGUACCUUUGUCUAUAGAAAAACAAAACACACUCCAAAAGAAAGGACAUUUUACAGAAUGCAAGAUCUGUAAUGAAUAUUACUUUAUAUAAUUUUUUUUACUAAUCCUUCACACAACACACACAUGCUGUUUCUUAUUGUAUAAACAC